AUGGGCACUCGAUUUACAAAUGACACCAAGGACCCUGCAAUCAAUGUGACUGCCUGGUGUCUUUUGGUUGUGAUGAUCCUCAGCGUUUCCACGCGACUAGGUACAAAGUAUCGACUAUUUCAUAAGCUUGAUAUCGAUGACCUCCUGAUCGUAGCUGCACUUUUUCUCGCGGUCGGCCAGACCCUUGUUGUAUCUCUGGCGGUGGGAUCCGGCUAUGGCAGCCACUUCGAAGAGAUAUCCAGCCCUGACGCUGUUAGAGUUAUGAAGAGCUUAUAUGCUGCGUUUCUCCUUUAUAUCAUGAGUCUUUUUCUAUCCAAAAUGUCUUUUGUCAUCUUCAUCCGGCAGUUUACGCCAGUGGCCAAAGGGAAACGGCUGUCCAGAGGCAUUGAGAUUACUCUAUAUGUCUGGGCAUUGACUGCACUUUUGGGCAGUGCCUUUCAAUGCAAGUCCCCACCUUGGGAUCUAUGGCACGGUCAAUGUUUUAACCUGCUCGCCUGGCGGUAUUUUGUGGUCAUUUCGAAUAUUGCGACUGAGACGCUACUACUUUCGCAGUUAAUUCCGCUGGUGUUGACUCUCCGGAUCGUCAAGCAUCGCCUCAUCGUAGGAAGCAUUUUCAUGCCACGUCUUUUUGUGAUAACUGCAUCGAUAUGUGAGAUCCCUUUCCUCAAGAAAGCCACCCAGACGACUGAUCCCGCGUACGACCUGUGCAACAUCACAAUCUUCGAAAUGGUGAUCCAAUGUCUGGGUAUAGUGGCCGCGUGUUGGCCACAGUUGCAGCCAUUUCUCUCUUGGGUACAAUCAAGCGGGCUCGUAAUGCUCCAUGCCAGUGGCACUCAGGCGCAGGACUAUAAGACACGAUCAUCUACGAAGUCAUCCGGCGGUCGCGUGGAAAGCCACGAACUGUCGGAUUUUCGAAUUCGAUCUCAUUCGACAGAGAUCGCGGAAGGGAAGACAGAGGGGCAACUUGGCUGCUCAUCCGUGGGCAUGCAAGACCACAGCGCCGACCUGGAGAGCCUGGAUGCUGGAAGCCAACAAAGCUGGCAGAGUUCCAUUUUGGUGGACCAAACUCACCAUCGAUGCGAUCAUAUUUGGGUUUAA